AUGGCCGAAGCAUACCCCCCCUCCAUCAGCGACGGCUCCUCGUCAGACAACUCCGAGGCUGGCAACUGGCUGCAGGGUGAUCAGGACGAUGGUGAUGACUUCAGCGAGCAAGAGACCGUGCAGGUCAUCUCGCUGAUGGACGACAAGGUAUUUGACGAUGCUCUUGCCAUGGUCACCUACUGCAAGGAGAAAUAUGGGUUGGAUUUCUUGGGGGUGAGAGAUCGGUUGGGGCUUGACUUUUACGGGUCGAUCAAGUUGAUCAACUUCAUCCGCCAAAAGGUCCACGAUGGCAAGCCAGUCAAGCCGGAUGAUAUCAAGGCGUCUGAUCUCGAGGAUGACUCACUCUUGAAGCCGGUACUGGAGGAUGAUGCCCUCAUCGUGUGCUUGGAUGACCUCCCUGCCGCUGGUGAGGCUGCUCCUCAGGCCCGGGAGAUCAAGCAAAAGGAGGCCCCGGCCGUUGAUGAGCUUCUUCGGAAGAAUGCGCAGCUCCAGGAAGAGCUCGAGAAGCUUUCUCAGCAAUUCUCCAACUACAGGCUUGCUGUCCAGCAAACCUUGGACCAGAGAUGGGGUGAGGAUGAGAAGCCCGAGUCCUCCAAGGCUAGAGCUGAAGCCCCUGCUCCUGCUCCUGCUCCUGCUACCAACGGCACAGAAAAGAAAGACGACUCCCCACCCGAAGCCACCUACUACUUUGAGUCGUACGCCCACAACGACAUCCACGAGACCAUGUUGAAGGACACGAUCCGCACCAACGCCUACCGUGACUUUAUCUACAACAACAAGGCCAUCUUUGCCGGCAAGACUGUUCUCGACAUCGGAUGCGGUACUGGUAUCCUCUCCAUGUUCGCCGCCAAGGCUGGUGCGGCCAAGGUUCUUGCUGUUGACAACAGCGCCAUCAUCGACAAGGCCCGCGAGAACAUCUUCAACAACGGGCUCGACAAUGUCAUCACUUGCAUCCGUGGCAAGAUUGAAGAGGUUACUCUUCCGGUGCCCACGGUCGACAUCAUCGUCUCGGAGUGGAUGGGUUACUGCCUUCUCUACGAGGCCAUGCUUCCCUCUGUUCUCUACGCCAGGGACAAGUACCUCAAGCCCGACACCGGUCUUCUCGUGCCAUCGCACACGUCGAUGUGGAUUGCUCCUGUGGCCGACGAGGAGUACGUCACCGACAACAUGGACUUUUGGCGGGAUGUCUAUGGCUUUGACAUGAAGGCCAUGCAGGAGGGCACCUACGCCAACUGCCGCAUUGAGCACCUCCCCGACGCCGCCGUGGCCGGCACCGCGCAGUGUUUCAGGAUGCUCGACCUCCACACUUGCACCAAGGAGGACCUUGUGUUCAACGAGAAGUGGACGUCGACUUAUACGUCCAAGGACAAGCUUGAUGGUUUCUUGGUGUGGUUUGAUACCUUUUUCUGCGAGUCGAGACAGGAGCAGGUCGAGAAGCAGUUGACGUGGAAGCAGUGGAUGGAUGUCAAGGGGAAGGAGAGCGUGGCGUUUACCACCGGGCCGUUUGACAAGGAGACGCACUGGAGGCAGGGGUUGAUGUUGAUUGACCAUGCCAAGCAGCCGAAGGGAAGCGAGGAGAAGGUCAAGGAGGGGGCGAGGUUGGAGGGCGAGAUUGAGUAUGCUAUUCCCGAGGGUCAUCACAGAGGGUUGAACAUCAAGGUGACUUGGGGGUUGGAGGGGGUGGAGGGGGAGAAGAGGCUGAGCCAGAUGUGGAUGUGCCAUUAG